UCUCUGAGGAUGUGAUGAUGGUGUGAUCUGUUCUCCGCCUCAGUCCACGGACCCCGGUGUUUUUGGUUUUCGCUCUGUCUUUCUGUGUGUGUGUGAGAGUAACCAUGAGCGCUGACUGCAGCAGUUACCACAGCACUGACGGUGCGUUCGUGGACAGCUUCUCCUGCCCCAAACCUGGAAACGCCGCUGCCGCUGUCUUCUGCUGCGGCUUCAAUGAUGUUAAAUACUGCUGCGAUGAUCCCAACAGUUUCUUCCCUUAUGAGUACGGAUACAUGUGGUGGCUGAGUAUCGGAGCACUGGUUGGUCUGUCCAUUGCAGCGGUGGUCCUCCUUGCCUUUCUCAUCACGGUGUGUGUCCUCUGCUACCUCUUCAUCGCCUCCAAACCCAGUCGUCUUGACAACGGCCUGCCCCUCAGGGUACCAGGAGAUGCCAGCGAGGGGUCCAGCCAUUCGAGGGCGACCUGUUCUUCUGGUCCGCAGGGAUUCAGGAAACACUUCUCAAGGAAGCUGGACUGUGAAAACCAGCCGCCGGACCCUGAGCGCCUGUUUCAGAGAUGCUUCACAGCCACCGUCACCAGUGUGAAGGUGGAGAGUCAAUCGUAGGUUCAGCCAGAGUCACUUGUUUCAAAAUAAUGGGACCAGCAGACCAGAGGUCAAGAGAGCCAGUUCAUGUGGAAGCACAUUUUGUUGCCAGGGAAGGACUGUGACCCUGGGUGAUUGUGCGAUUGAGCGGAGAAAAUAUUAUCUUAGACUAUAAAAAUAACCACUAUCGAUUGCUGAGAACAACACAAUCACACGCUAGGAAGGCUCUGAACUCUUAAUGCCUCGGGUCAUUGAAUUUCUAUCCUUCUCGUGGCCAAGGUGUUUCAGCACAAUUGUCCGCUUAUGAACGGAAAACAGUCAUCCUGCAUCUUCUUGGAGGAGAAUGAAUAUAAUUGGCUUCUUUAAAGCCAAAGAUGGACUUGUCCAAUGAUUAAAGCAGAUGCAAGGGCAACAAAUGUGGAGGGGCGAGAGUUGUGCUCCGGCUUGCAUUCAGGAUGGACGGCUCCACGUGCGUCCGGGGUAGAUGCGGGGGAUAAACCAAGAACAAGAGCUGAGCCUGCAACAACUCCCUCUUUUGUUGCAUACAUUCUGCUCACAGGGACCCAGGGAUUUGUGAAGAGGAUCAACAGUGUGAUGAGAACCUCAUCACCGAAAUUAUUCAUGUUUGUGUUCAUCUGACAUGGGAUAACUUGUAAACCUCCAUGUAAUACGUGGUGGUGGAGGCUGGGGUGAAUGAUCGGGUCUAUCUGACUCUGACACUGGAUGAUGAUUGUGCCGGAGAACUACUUCCCCUUUAUCUAGCACAAACCAAAACCGAGAAGAGUAUCGUGGCUUAAAGGCUUCAUCUAAAUAGAGCACAACCUUAAUUAAUGUGAUUUCAUGUCAAAGUGGUUGCAGUGAAAAGGGUCUAUUGUUGCUGAACAAAUGUUACUGAGUUAACAAGUUUGCUGUCUGAACCAUGGACUGUUGUGACACAAUGUAUAUCAAGAUGGUCACUGUGUCUCCACUUCCCCCAACUAUCCAGAAAUAAAGCUUGAAUACCCUUGGAUACAAACGCUGCCAUCUUGCACAUUUGGAGGCAGAGUCUGCGCAGUAGUGAUCGGGGGAUGGAGCCGUGGCAGCAAUGGACCAAUCAUAAGUCAGUCGGGGUGCUUUGGCUUCAACCUUUGGGGAACUGGUCUAACCGGGGAGAGAUUUAUUCAAGUUUUUGACAACAAAAUGACAGAACCAAUUGUGGCUCACAAUUGGUCAUAUGGGGCCACUGUGGCUGUGUCUCAUGACAUUCCGUUCAUCAAGGUUACAGAACAAGGAAACCAAACUGUUUCUGUAAUAGUUAAAUUUGCAGUCUUGGAAGACACUGAAAAUGUCUGUACAGUUAAAAGCCCAACAUCUAAGACGUUUGUGACACUGUGGUCCAGCGUACUGAGAAGAGAUUUUAACAGUGUUCCUGCACUUCCUUGAAAAAACAAACAUCACCAACCAGCUUCUGCAUUGCUGCUGCAGAAUUGAUAGCACAAUGCAUAGUAACGCAUAAACAUUCUGGUGGAUAUUUUUCAUCUUCAUAUCAAAACACUAAGUGUCAGAAAUGUCAGUAUAAUAUUACAUAAUGUAUAGAGAAAAAACAACAAGACAGCUGCGUUUCUGUGUCCCCACGAACACUCUGUGAUUUCUCCCUACUGAAGAACUUGCAAUUCAAUUUCACUUGUGCAUUUGUAAAAAAGGAAAAUUUGCUGAUUUAAAUGUUGUAUUCCCAUUUCAGCAGUGUUAAAUGUGCUUUAAAGAUGAAAACUUUCAAGUACACCAUAAAGGGCCUCAUCUAAGAAUAUGUUCACAAGUGUGUAUACAAGUUACCUUUACCUAUAAAAU